UUGGCCUAUUGCAGCGUCCUAGCAUCUGUCGCGUUUCUCAUGUGUGAUCGGGCUCAGGCAGCCCAUUCUGGCGGCGACUUGAGCUAGCAGGCCCCGCUGCGGACUCCGGGCCGGCUCGGGUCUACCUGCGCCAGCGCUGUACCUGGGCGACCUUGGCUUUGCCCCCACCAGUGACCCGGCCCGCCGGUCGUGUGGGUGCCGCUCCGCUCCUCCGCCUCGGCCGCCGACCCCCAGCUCCCCGGCGGGGCCUCCUCCUGCCACGUGACGCCCCCGCCAGGGGCCCCAGCGCCCUCCUCCCGGCCGUGCCGUUCUGGCUCCCGAGCCCCGCCUGCGCGCGGCCUCCUCGGCUCAGCCAUCCUCUUGGCUGCCGCGGGCGGCAAAGCCCACGGCAUCUGCCAUUUGUCAUUCAGCCCGUCGGUACCGCCCCGAGCCUUGAUUUAGACACGGCUGGGGCGUGCUCUGGCCUCAGUCUCCGGGCGGGUGCUGGACGGACGGACGGGGCAGCCGCGCUCACAGCCCAGCUGCGCGGGGCCUUGGCGCGCGGGGUGCUUCCCCGGGUCGCCGUCAUGGCUGCAGAGGCGGCACGCCCCAGCAGCCUCGCCUAAGCUCCAGGGGUCGUCGCCCCGCAGGAUUGUUCCUGCCUGAUUCAUAAACAUCGUGAUUGACUUUUGAUUGCUGUCACGUCUAAUGUGGCUUCUGUCUCGUGUCACAUCUGAAACUCAUCUGUACCUCACUUAGAAAGCUUUCAGUGGUUCUGAUUAGACAAGACUUUUCGUUGCAGUCGACAGAAACCUAAUGGGACCAUUGAAGAAUUCCAAACAGGUAUUUGCAUAGGAAUCAGAGGAGUUAAUCUUGUCUCUUCUCACAGGUUUGAAUCUUCAGACAAACUUCUGGGAGGACUCGGUCCCUGCCUCACAGCAGAUGUUUCCUGUCACUCAGUAGCCAAUCCGGGGACCCAGGACAUGCCCCAGCUAUAGUGAUGCAGAUUACCUUUCUGCUCCUGAAUCGCACCUGUGCCUCAGACUUUCUCCCCCCAGCUUGAGACUGCAUGUAAACUGGGAUGUGUGAAAGCAGGAAGCAAAGCUAGUGACAGCUGAGAGGCCCAUGUCUGGGUAGAACCAGGCCCACGAUGCUGCCUUUCCCGUGGUCUGGAGUUCAGCUGCAGGGACUCUGCUGAUGUGCCCAGCACCAUCCUUCUGUUUGUGCUUAAAUGGCACAGCAUUUGGUCAGCACAUCUGAAAAGGAAGGUGUGAGAAGCAAAGCCCAUGGCCACGUUCCCCUGCCAAUUAUGUGGCAAGACGUUCCUCACCCUGGAGAAGUUCACGAUUCACAAUUAUUCCCACUCCAGGGAGCGGCCGUACAAGUGCGUGCAGCCUGACUGUGGCAAAGCCUUUGUUUCCAGAUAUAAAUUGAUGAGGCAUAUGGCUACCCAUUCUCCCCAGAAAUCUCACCAGUGUGCUCACUGUGAGAAGACGUUCAACCGGAAAGACCACCUGAAAAACCACCUCCAGACCCACGACCCCAACAAAAUGGCCUUUGGGUGUGAGGAGUGUGGGAAGAAGUACAACACCAUGCUGGGCUAUAAGAGGCACCUGGCCCUCCAUGCGGCCAGCAGUGGGGACCUCACCUGUGGGGUCUGUGCCCUGGAGCUAGGGAGCACCGAGGUGCUUCUGGACCACCUCAAAGCCCAUGCGGAAGAGAAGCCCCCUAGCGGAACCAAGGAAAAGAAGCACCAGUGCGACCACUGUGAAAGAUGCUUCUACACCCGGAAGGAUGUGCGACGCCACCUGGUGGUCCACACAGGAUGCAAGGACUUCCUGUGCCAGUUCUGUGCCCAGAGAUUUGGGCGCAAGGAUCACCUUACCCGGCAUACCAAGAAGACCCACUCACAGGAGCUGAUGAAAGAGAGCUUGCAGACCGGAGACCUUCUGAGCACCUUCCACACCAUCUCGCCUUCAUUCCAACUGAAGGCUGCUGCCUUGCCUCCUUUCCCUUUAGGAGCUUCUGCCCAGAACGGGCUUGCAAGUAGCUUGCCAGCUGAGGUCCAUAGCCUCACCCUCAGUCCCCCAGAACAAGCCGCCCAGCCUAUGCAGCCGCUGCCAGAGUCCCUGGCCUCCCUCCACCCCUCGGUAUCCCCUAGCUCUCCUCCGCCACCCCUUCCCAGUCACAAGUACAACACCACUUCUACCUCAUACUCCCCACUUGCAAGCCUGCCUCUCAAAGCAGAUACUAAAGGUUUUUGCAAUAUCAGUUUGUUUGAGGACUUGCCUCUGCAAGAGCCUCAGUCACCUCAAAAGCUCAUCCCAGGUUUUGAUCUGGCUAAGGGAAAUGCUGGUAAAGUAAACCUGCCCAAGGAGCUGCCUGCAGAUGCUGUGAACCUAACAAUACCUGCCUCUCUGGACCUGUCCCCCCUGUUGGGCUUCUGGCAGCUGCCUCCUCCUGCUACCCAAAAUACCUUUGGGAAUAGCACUCUUGCCCUGGGGCCUGGGGAAUCUCUGCCCCACAGGUUAAGCUGUCUGGGGCAGCAGCAGCAAGAACCCCCACUUGCCAUGGGCACUGUGAGCCUGGGCCAGCUCCCCCUGCCCCCCAUCCCUCAUGUGUUCUCAGCUGGCACUGGCUCUGCCAUCCUGCCUCAUUUCCAUCAUGCAUUCAGAUAAAUGAUUUUUAAAGUGUAUUUUUCGUAUUCUGGAAGAUGUUUUAAGAAGCAUUUUAAAUGUCAGUUACAAUAUGAGAAAGAUUUGGAAAACGGAACUGAGACUAUGGCUUAUUCAGUGAUGACUGGCUUGAGAUAAGAGAAUUCUCAAACUGCAUGUAUUGUGCCAAUCUGUCCUGAGUGUUCAUGCUUUGUACCAAAUUUAAUGAAUGCGUGUUCUGUAAUCAAACUGCAAAUAUUGUCAUAACCAUCCAAAAUGACGGCUGCUAUAUAUAAGUGUUUGUCAUAUGGAAUUUAAUCGUAAGCCAUGAUCAUAAUGUUAACUAAAUAACUUUAUGUGGCACUGCCUAGUAAGGGAACUAUGGAAAGGUUUGGAUCUCUCCAAAUUGGGAGAAUUUUAAAAAUAAGAAAAUAACCUUUAUAUGAUAUAUUAUGACUAGGCUGUGUAUUUCUUUUCAGGGAUUUUUCUACCUUCAGGGUUGGAUGUAGUUUAGUUACUAUUACCAUAGCCAACCUGUAGUUUUACAUAUACAAUUUCUUGUGGAGCAAUAGAGUUCUCCAUUUUACAGAAGCAUUUUAAACGUAGUUUGAAUAUUUUCCACAAGAUGCUGCAAUGUGAGUUAUCACUUCAUUUAUCUUAAAGACUAAACUGGUUGUCAGCUACAUCUGACAGAAAAAAAAAAAUCACUGUGUAACCAGGUUAAGUGGUAAAAUAAUCCAGGCGUCAGUCAAAGGCAUUUUGCUGACUAUAAUAUUGAUUAUAUUUUUAACAGGAAUUUAAGAAAAUAUUACUGGAAUUAAAAAUAUAUAUAUUAAACAAGAAUUUUCUUUGCUCUGUCUAGCUUAAACUACUACUCAAGCUGCUUAAGUUCUUAAGUAUUGUUUUUAAUCACCAAUAAAUAAGUGCAUUUGUAAUUCAUCAGUUUGUCAUUAUUAGCUUUUAUUCAAAGAGGAUUAUGUUUUACAAUGUAACUAUAAUCUCUUGAAUUUGGUAUCUUAUUAAUGAGUUUUAAAGAUGUAAAACCUAACCUUUUUUAAAGCUCCAUUGACUUAUGUUUUUAGAGGCUUUCUUUCCAUAAACAUAUAUCUUACAUAUAAUAAACUUUUCAAAUCUUGCAA